UAUUUACAACAUAAUAGUGUUUAAACGAAAACAGUUCUCAUGGUCACGGUCUCACGGUCACCAUGGAAACAAUGCACAACUUUGUAUAGCACAACAAAGCGACGUGAAAAAUGGCAGCCAGAUACGAAGUAGCAGAAGAAUCCGUUGACGGUCCAUAUUACCUCGAGAAAGUUUUAAUUCCAGAAGACUCUGAGGAUGACUAUAAAUACGACGAAGUGACUGUCGACGACGAAUUCAGCAUACCUGAGGGGGAAGAGGACUUGGAAACUGCUGUUAAAGCAGUGCAGGAUCAAACUGAUGCCACCGAAUGCACAACACAGACUCAGAGGGUCAGCUCGGCCAAACAUCCAGUUCCCAAAAUACCUGAGGUGGUGGAUGACUUUGUCCGCAAUUAUCUGGUAAAAAUGGGUAUGAAAAGAACAUUAGACUGCUUCCAAAUCGAGUGGUUUGAGAUGAUACACAAAGGCUUAAUGAAAACAGACCAAAUGGAACUCGUCCCUGAUGUCUAUACACACAACCAGCUCCUGGACAAUGAGCUGAAGAACGUACAAAGAGAGCGGGAUAGUUAUAAACAGGCUGCAUUUGAAGCUGGAGAAACCAUAGUAAAACUUCAAAGAGAGAGGGACUUUCAUAGGAUGCAGCACAAGCGUGUUGUUCAAGAGAAGAAUAGACUUAUUGAGGACAUUAAAAAGCUGAAGAAACACUAUGCAUCCUACGAGCCUGCUCUUAGGCAACUGAAUGAGAAGUAUCAAACAGCCAUGAGGCAGAAGAUGCUGGUUAGUCUGGAGAGAGAUAGAGCUGUCAGUCAGGUUCAGAACAUAGACAGCUCUCUUCAUACCGAACAUUCUUCCCUAGGAACCCGGAAAUCUGCUAACACGCAAAGAGAAAAAAUCCAGAAGAGUCCAGAAAAAGGUGCACACCUGCCAUGUGACAUUGCAUCAAAUGAUGCUAUAAAAGACCCCAACAAAAACACAAGGCAUCCUAAAGACUCUGAAUUCCCAGCAAGCACUCGAGUCAAUCCCUACUUGCCACAAAUCAAAGCUCUUUCCUCACUCAACACCAAAUCAGCCAGCUUCUCUCUCUUCAAGUCUUUUAAAGCGCACACGAUGGCAGUGAGCUUCCUCGCUCUCCAUCCUCGUAAAAUGAUAGUAGCCUCCUCAAGUGAUGACCAGCUUUGGAGAUUAUGGGGAAUACCAGAGGGAGAGAUGAUCAUGACUGGCGAGGGUCACACUGAUUGGCUGUCAUCCUGUAGUUUCCAUCCCAGCGGUGGUUACCUGGGGACCACAAGUGGGGACACCACAGUUAAAAUUUGGGACUUUGCUCAAGGUCGAUGUGUGCUCAGUUUGGAGGGACACAUUCACACCACCUGGGCCUGUUCCUUUCAUUCCUGUGGUGAUUUUGUGGCGUCUUGUUCUAUGGAUAACACGGCUAAAGUGUGGGACUUGAAUAGCGAGCGUUGCCGAUGCACUCUGCGUGGACAUGUUGACUCGGUGAACAGCAUUUCUUUCCUGCCUUUCUCAAACAUUCUACUUACCUGCUCAGCAGACAAGACCCUCUCUCUUUGGGAUGCCCGUGCUGGAUUGUGUGCCCAGACUUUCUACGGGCACAAGCAUUCAUGCAACUAUGCCACCUUCAAUGCCACUGGUGACACAAUUGCUUCAUGUGACUCUUUUGGGGUGGUCAAAUUAUGGGAUGUGAGGAAUGUCUCAGCAAUGGUGACCAUGGACACUGGGCCUCAUCCCAGCAAUCAAGUGGCCUUCAAUCCAAAUGGAAGAAUUCUAACGGUGGCGAGUAAUGAUGGCACUGUUAAAAUUGUAGAAGUGGCAUCUUUACAUACGUCGAGUCUAAUAGCUCAUGAAGAUGCUGUUCAGAGCAUCAUUUUUGACCAUAAAGGGGAAUACCUUCUAUCUGCAGGCUCGGACGGUACAGUUCAUGUCUGGUCAUAACAAUAUAUAUUUACAGUGCUUGAGAAAUUGUUUUAAAAUUGAAAUACAUUCUGACAUCCUUUGUUAUUAAUAAAUAUAAAAAUAAAUUUAUUUGUUUAAAAAAAAAAAAAAAAAUUUCCUGUACACAAAACUCUAAUCUCUGGAAGAAUUUUAUAAUAAGAUUUAAAUAACUAAAUUAAGCAACUAUUAAAAAGCAAUGCAUGGCAAGACUUUUCCCCCAAAAAACAUUAAUUUUUAUGUUCCUUUACAUUCACAAGCAUAACUGAACAUUUAUUUACUCAUGAUAAAUAUAAAUUUAUUUAAAUGUUCAUUUUAUUUUAUGUUCUUAUUACGUGAUUUGUAUAUACCAAUUUUUGAUAACCUGCUCUCAGUCUGAAAUGACUGUAAUGUUUUCCAUAUGUUCCUAUAUUUUCUCUAUGUUGAAUUCAGAGAAUUAAAAAUGUCAAACCACUUGUGGCAAAUAAAAAUCUGAUACAGUU